AAGUCCAGCACCACUUGCUGAGCUCUGCCGGCCCGCCUCCCAUUUCUCCCACCAUAAUGACCAUGCAGAAGUGCAGGGCCGUCAAUUCCGCCCUGGGGUCGAAGGCAUUCGUCCCCGCUCCUCGGGUUCAAUUCCACGCGCAGCGCCGAUUCCUCCAAGAUGUCGCGAUUACUAGAACCGGAAAACCAGUUCUGAAGGUCCAGGGUGGACGGUCGUCCCUCGGAGGUCAUACCGUAACCGUCUUCGGUGCCACCGGUUUCUUGGGUCGUUAUAUCGUCAACAGACUCGCUUCGCAGGGAUGCACGGUCGUUGUUCCCUACCGCGAGGAGAUGGCGAAGAGACACCUGAAGCCCACUGGUGACCUUGGCAGAGUCGUUUUCAUUGAAUAUGACCUGCGGAACACCCAGUCGAUCGAAGAGAGCGUCCGCCACUCCGACAUUGUCUACAACCUGGUCGGCCGUCAAUACCCUACCAAGAACUUCUCCUACACCGAUGUUAACGUCGACGGUACGGAACGCAUUGCAGAGGCGACCGCCAAAUACGACAUUGACCGUUUCGUUCACGUCUCCUCUUACAACGCUAGCAAGGAUUCUCCAUCCGAGUACUUCUCUACGAAGGGCUGGGGUGAAGAAGUGGUUCGCUCCAUCUAUCCCGAGACCACCAUCGUCCGACCCGCUCCCAUGUUCGGAUUCGAAGACAACCUUUUCCACAAGCUCGCUAGCGGGGCCAACCUCUUUACCGCCAACCACAUGCAGGAGCGCUUCUGGCCUGUUCACGCCCCUGAUGUUGGCGCUGCUCUCGAGCACAUGCUUCACGACGAUUCCACUACGGGUGAGACCUAUGAGCUUUACGGUCCCAAGAACUACUCUACCGCUGAGAUUGCCGAGCUCGUGGACCGUGAAAUCGUCAAGCGCCGUCAUCACUUGAACUUGCCCAAGGGUGCCCUCAAGGCUCUGGCUUACUACCUGAACAAGUACCUCUGGUGGCCCACCAUCUCCGCCGACGAGGUCGAGCGGGAAUUCAUCGACCAGAGAAUCGACCCCACGGCCAAGACCUUCAAGGAUCUUGGAAUUGAGCCGGCUCAGCUGGAAGACCUCACCUUCAACUACCUGGUUACCGGAGCGCUUCCUACUACGACCUGCCCCCGGCCACAGAGCGGGAGAGACAGGAAGAGAGGAAAACCAACAACAAUGUCACAAAAAACCCCAAUCCUCCUCCUAAAAACCAAAUCCACCCCUUCGGACGCCUACGACGAAUACUUCACCAAAAACUACAACCCGCUCUUCAUCCCCGUCCUCUCGCAUCAAUUUCACGCCCAGAACCUCGCGCACAUCUGCGACCUCUUCAACGCCGGCGCCUUGAAACACGAUAACCCGGAACGGAAAUAUGGGGGGUUGAUAUUCACCAGUCAGCGCGCUGUGGAGGGGUUCGCGAGGAUGGUUGAGGAUGUUGAUGGACAAAUAGCUUCGGAUUCUUCGAAAUCACUCCCCCUCUACACCGUCGGCCCCGCGACAUCCCGCUCGCUAUCAUCGCUCGUGAAAUCGCACCUCCCGCACACAACAAUCCACGGCGCGGAUACGGGGAAUGGGGAGAAUCUCGCGCGGUUUAUCCUUGAGCAUUACAACAGUCUCCCUGGGAAUAAGAACGGGAAAGGGGAGAAACUGCCGCUUUUAUUCCUCGUUGGUGAACAGCGACGAGAUAUCAUUCCUAAAACGCUUAUGUCGGAGGGGUUAGAGGAGGGGGAGAGGAUUGGGGUGGAGGAGGUUGUUGUUUAUGAGACGUGUGUUAUGGAGUCGUUCGAAGGUGACUUUACUAGAGUCAUAGACACUUAUAAAUCUGGGGAUAAUGUUGAUGGUAGUGAAGGGGAGAAGGAGAUGUGGGUAGUCAUCUUCUCGCCAACGGGAUGCGAUGCCAUGUUACGGGUUCUUGGACUGGAUUCUUCUUCAAAAGAUAACGGGAAUGGGGUGUUAGUGGCACCCGGGAAGAGGGUGUUCGUUGCGACGAUUGGUCCUACGACGAGGGACCAUUUGCGCUUGAAGUAUGGGUUCGAGCCGCAUGUUUGUGCUGAGAAGCCUAGUCAGGAGGGCGUUGGGGGUGGGAUUAAGAGGUUUAUGGAGGGGAGGAAUGGUAAAUAGGUGUGAUUUGGUUGUUUUAUAGCGAUAUACCUAUGUAGAUUACUCGAUACGUAUGAUGGAAUGAAUGGAGAUAU